AUGGCUGGGAAGCCAUUUCGGGCCACACAAAUCUGGAGCAGCAUCAUCUCCAACCUCCACACUCACGUGGAGGUCAAGCGCCGGCGACACAAUCUCAAGUCAUACCAGGACUGUUUCCUGGGGUCUGAGGCGGUGGAUGCAGUGUUGGCACACAUCACUUUAAAUCGCUUCUUUGGCGACGAGGCGGUCCCUCGCCAGAAGGCCGUGCGACUUUGUCAAGCCCUCAUGGACUCCAAAGUCUUUGAGCCGGUGGGCGUUAAAGUGUUUGGCAAGGAAAAGAAGCAGGCCACAUUUGAGGAUAGCAGCUGUAGUUUGUACAGGUUCCCAAGCCCAGAAACGGGCUUGGCACAUCUGACCAACACCAAGUCCAGCUCCACAGGAACCAUAGAGAGUGGUUAUGACUCUCCAGACAUAAGCAGUAACAAGAACAGCUACAGUCCAUUGAGUGAAAGACAAGAGGUGCCGAGCUACUCCACUCACUCCCCUGUCAGAAGAGGCAAAUCAAUGGAGGACAUUCUGAGAAAUCUCAACCUGUGCUCCACCGUCACACCUCAAAUGAUCAACCUGGGCCUAUCUCGAGAGCUGCUCGCUGAGGUGUGGCACCAGCAGGCUGUGUACGGGCUCCUGCAACUCAUCGAGCUCCCGCUGCUGGAAAACUUACUGGAAGACGAUGGGGCCUCAAGGGCUUCUUUGCACGGUGGAGACAGUGAAUCAGACCUGCUCUUGGGAUCGGGCUACUUGGACAGAGAAGUGCUCAAGGCCUUCAGUGAGGCACAGGCAGAUGAAUGGAUGUCUGGUGCAGUGGACUGUCUGGAGUACCUCCCCGACAAACAAGUAGUGGAGGUCAGCAAAGGUCUGGCGGGCUGCGCCAAUGACCUCAAUGAGUAUAAGAGGCUGCUCUACGACACCCUGGCUAAGCAUUACUCCAAAGCUGAGCAGACGCCGCUCCUCAGCAACCACGUGUUUGACAUAUAUUCGGGCAUUUCGGAGCUUCUCGUGAAUGGUAAACUGGAGCAAGCUCUGGAAGCGCUGCAGCUCAGCCUCAAGUUGCAGGAUUCUCGCUCCAGAGAGGAGCUGCAGCGGCUGCUCAGGUUCAUGGCCAUCGCAGCUAACGUGCAGGACAUCAAAAUUCAUAAAGAGAUUGAGAACCGGAUGGCAGUGAAGAGGUCAUUCUCCAGCGCCAUCGUGUAUAGCAGAAGACUUUCUAAAGGCAAAAUGGACCUGAUGGUUCUCUUUAUGAUGGAUAACCACUGUGAUCUGUUCAAAGUACCCUUUUCAUUACACAAGAUGGUCAGCGAGAGAUUGAAGAAUAUUGUCAAAGGGAAGGAUGCAGAUAUGAUCACAGGAUUGACAUCUUGCACUAAACAAAGCAGGAAGGCUUAUUCUGAAAAUGGGGAAAAAUACACCAAAGAGGAAUUAUGGUCGUUACUGCGGACAAUCCACGAGAACCCCAACGUGCCCAGCAAGGAAAAGCGACGUCUGCUUGCUCAGUUUUACAAAGGCCACCCGGACAUUUUUGUGAAAUAUUUUGGCCAAAAAUUAUCAAGCAUGAAUAUGUUGCCAUAG